UUGAGCUAAGUGUCACCUUUUUGGAGAUUUUCAAUUCUAUGAUUUGUCAUAUAAUUUUUCAAGAAUCAUUACAUCCUAAAAUGGGUUGAAGAUAGAAUUAGAUAUUAAAGGACACAACCAUAUUUUCUUGGAUUUGGAAAAGACAAAUGUGUUAGAAUUGGACAAUUCUUGGAGUGCAUAUAUAUUUGGAAGAAUGGGGAUUUGUUCUUGAAACAUAUGAGUUUUGGGAUAGAAUUGAAAGUGAAAAAAUGUGGCAACUACCACCAGGUAAUCAUGCAGAAAGAUUGCCUCUACCAAAUAAAUUAAUAGCAGUGGCAAUAGACAAAGAUAGAGGAAGCCAAAUUGCUUUGAAAUGGACAGUUGAUCAUCUUUUAGCCAGAGGCCAAACAGUUCUUUUGAUCCAUGUCAAACUUAAACAAUCUGCCAAUGCCUCUGGUCAAUCCCCUAAUAUAAAAUCAAACCAGAAUUCUGAUGAAGCUGGAUCGGGAAAUAAUCAAUUGGAUCCGCAGACAAAGGAACUGUUUAUUCCUUUCAGAGUAUUUUGUGCACGGAAAGAUCUACAAUGUUAUGAUGUUGUGUUAGACGACACGGAUGUAGCCAAAGCAAUCAUUGAAUAUUUGAACCGAACGGGAGUAGAGGUAUUGAUUCUUGGUGCUGCAACGAGAGGCGGUCUUCUCAGAUUCAAAGCCAAAGAUAUACCAGGAGGCGUGUUAAAGGGGGCUCCUGAUUUCUGUACUGUACAUGUCAUCUCCAAAUCUGGAAAAAUCUCAUCUACACGUGCUGCUUCUCGCCCCGCGCCUUUUGUCCAUCCACUACGCCACCAGUUAAUGCAGCCAGCGAGCCUCAAAUUUGCUCCAUUUGAGCCUUCAACACCCUCUGCUACUAAUUCAAGAAGUUUUCAAGGGGGUACGAAGCCUGUUUGUGAUCCACCGCCUUCUACUCUUCAAAGUGACACUAUGAGUAUCAAGUCACCGUUCACCCACAGGAAAGGCCCUAAUGGAAAGCCAUAUGAAAUCUCAUCUAUGCCAGAUACCGACAUAUCAUAUGUCAGCUCUGGUAGGCCAAGCAUCGACAACAUCUAUUCUUCAAUAUCUGACAGCUAUGAUGGUGGUGGACCGACCCCUCCUCGGCUUUCAGGCUUUUCAGAUUUUGAUACCCAAAGUUUUGACUCCUCACAGUUUGGGCGGAGAUCCGUGGACACCCUGACUCCACCAGAACUAUCAUUUGCGUCAAUUGAGACUGAGAGAACAUCGAUCUCCCAAGGACCAGGAGAUGAUCUAGAAGCAGAAAUGAGAAGGCUAAAGCAGGAGCUUAAGCAAACGAUGGAAAUGUAUAGUACGGCUUGCAAGGAAGCGCUUACAGCAAAACAAAAGGCAAUGGAACUCCAGCGCUGGAAAAUGGAAGAACAACGAAGAUUAGAAGAGGCACGUUUAGCCGAGGAAGCUGCACUGGCACUUGCAGAGAAGGAAAAGGCGAAGUCUAGAGCAGCCAUCGAGCAUGCAGAGGCGGCUCAGAGGCUUGCAGAACUAGAAUCUCAAAAGAGAAUCAGUGCGGAAAUGAAAGCUCUAAAAGAAGCUGAAGAGAAGAAUAAGAUACUAAAUAAACUUACAAAAAAUGAUUUCAGGUACAGGAAAUAUACAAUCGAGGAGAUCGAAUCUGCAACAGACUACUUUGCCCAAACUCGUAAAAUUGGAGAAGGAGGUUAUGGGCCUGUGUAUAAGUGCUACCUGGAUCAUACGCCUGUUGCAGUUAAGGUCCUUCGUCCUGAUGCAGCUCAUGGACGUCAACAGUUUCAGCAAGAGGUUGAAGUUUUGAGCUGCAUACGGCAUCCUAACAUGGUGCUUCUUCUAGGAGCCUGUCCGGAAUACGGGUGCUUAGUAUAUGAGUUUAUGUCUAACGGAAGCUUGGAAGACCGUUUAUUCCAUAAAGGAAAGACGCCACCGCUUUCUUGGCAGCAGAGGUUUCGGAUUGCUGCAGAAAUAGCUACCGGUCUGCUUUUCCUACACCAGAGUAAACCAGAGCCAUUAGUUCACCGUGAUUUAAAGCCGGGCAAUAUUUUGCUCGAUCGCAACUUUGUUAGUAAGAUUAGUGAUGUUGGCUUAGCCCGGCUUGUCCCUCCAUCAGUAGCAGAUACUGUCACUCAAUAUAGAAUGACAUCAACUGCUGGAACGUUUUGCUAUAUCGAUCCUGAAUAUCAGCAAACGGGCAUGCUUGGCGUAAAAUCUGAUGUAUACUCCUUAGGAAUCAUAUUUUUGCAGAUAUUAACGGCUAAGCCGCCAAUGGGAUUGACUCAUUAUGUUGAAAGGGCAAUGGAGAAAGGAACCUUCAAGGAAAUGCUUGAUCCAGCUAUUCAUGAUUGGCCCGUCGAUGAGGCUAUGCGUCUUGCCAAUUUAUCGCUACAGUGCUCUGAGCUAAGGCGAAAAGACAGACCAGAUCUUGGAAAGGUCGUUUUGCCAGAAUUAGAAAGAUUGAGAGCACUUGCUGAAGAAAACACAUGCCCAUCGCUUAUGUACAAUUCAAAUGUCUCACCAAAUCAUAGCCAAGUUACCCUCUCCCAGGACAAGUUAAGUUACCCAAAUACAGCACCGUCUAGCUACGAGAGCUCGAGGAGCCAAUAAAGCACAGGGACCUAAUCGAUGAGAUUUUUGUUCUGAAGUUUUAAUAUGAAAACUUUUCUUGUAAGAAAAUAUCAAAAACUAAAAGUUCUGCUAGUAUAGGACUUGCCUUCCUCUUUGGUCCUAUAAUUUGUUAACAUUUUGUUCCUCUUUUCCACCAUGUAAAUGCUUUUAUGAAGCCCCUAUUUACAUUUUGUACAGAUCUGGGGCAACUGAUAAGUUAUUUUUUGUAUGGACACACUACAAUUCUAUUUAUUUCAUCUUA